UCUACUCUAUGUGAGAACGUAUAUUUUAGGUCAAUUUGGUUAUAUUCGGACACCAUUAAGAAUUUUCAUUAUCGUAAAAGGAGCGGUCGUUGCCCAAGGAUUUACGCAUUCGCUUGGCGCGUGGGAAACCUCGAGCUUUUAAAAUUUUACAUUCAGAUAUCAAUUUGACAUCGCACAGUAAUGUAUUGUUAAGACAAUGAGUACUACAAACUUAAUUAAAAUCUUAUUUGUGUUGUUUUUGGCUGAAGUGACAACAAUAACAGUAAAACCAUGCCCUACAAAUAAAAUAGCCCCACAUAGCCGAUAUCCAAGAUAUAGUCAGCAGUCCAGGACCUUUGGGCAUAUUUUCAGUUUAUUUGCUGAUGAAAAUCAAGAAAAUCAUGGCGGAUUGCAGGAUGAUGCACAGAAUGAACCUAACGAAUGCGGUGAUGUCGAAGAUUACGACGAGAAUGAUUUAAGUACAGUAACACGAAACCAAAAAAAGCGCGAUAAGGAGCGAUUGUUCUUCAAUCCUUUGGGAUUCCUUUUCGGACAUAGUCGGCACCCAACAGAAGCUCCAACAAAGCGGCCAGUAAAGUCUUCUUAUCAACCGACGAGACCUCCGCCUGGAGGCUACUUCGGCACUAACCCCUAUAGACCCCCAAUGCGAUUUAGUCCAUCCGAUCACCUGAAGCCUGUUCAAGAGUAUGAUCAAGAGCCGCAAAUUCUAUACAAGCCCGGUUUGGUUGGAGCUCCCCUUGGUCAUGUUGUGGGUGUACACCAAGUAAAGCCCAGAAGGCAAUCGUUACAAAACAGAGACUCCAAAAGCCUUACCACUGAACCAACCAAACAUCAACCUAAAAACCCAAAACCAAGGAACAUUCAGGACACUGAUGUAAUUCGUUCCUUUAUGGAUCUAAUAUUUUAA